GUUAUGUUACGUUAUAAAUUAACUCAUCGGCUUUAAUUUAAACCAUAAUCUUGUAAGAAAGAAUCAAAAAUCUGAAUAAACCAAUGGAAAUUUCAGGACGGCGAAUGAGAAGAUUCAGGAUGAGAUUCCGAAGAGAUCACCUCACCGGCGGCGAGAACAUUGAAAACGAAGCCUCGUGUUGCUAUUGUGACCUCAAAAUCUCGAAUUUCAACGAACCCAUCUUCCGUUUAGGACGACGAUUCUCCGGAGUUUUGAAAGUCUGGUUCUCAAUCGGACUAGGAUUCGGCGUCGCUUCUCUGAUCCUCGUCACCGUCUUCCUUCUCCUUCAGUUUCACUCUAACCCUUUAUUCUCCAAUCGUCUCACUUCCGCCGUAUUUGGAUUCUCUCCUUCCACGCGUGUAUCAUUAUCAGGCAUUGCCUAUGUACUUGUCUCCACUGUCAUUACAGUUUCAGUUCAUGAACUUGGUCACGCUCUUGCUGCUGCUAGGUGAGUUCUUCAAAAUUCAUUCUUUUGUAAAGCUCUUGCCUUUUUCGUGUGAACCAAAUUGGGUUCCUUUUGAAGCUUUACUCUUAGAUUAUGAAAUUCUUAGGCUUCUUCUGAUUGAGCGGCAGUGAAGGAAUACAGAUGGAAUACAUUGCCGUUUUCAUUGCAGCUAUCUUUCCGGGUGGUCUUGUAGCUUUUGAUAAUGAUGUCUUGCAAUCACUUCCAAGCUUUAAUGCUCUUCGUAUUUACUGUGCCGGUAUUUGGCAUAAUGCAGUGUUCUGUGCACUCUGUGUGUUCGCUUUGUUUCUCUUGCCUGUUAUGUUGUCACCUUUCUACAAACACGGUGAAAGCCUCACGGUUGUGGAUGUGCCUUCUGUGUCGCCAUUGUUUGGUUACUUGUCUCCUGGAGAUGUUAUUGUGUCGUUGGAUGGCAUACAAGUCCACAAACCUAGUGAAUGGCUUGAAUUGGCAGCAAUUUUGGAUAAGGAAAAUAGUAAAACAUCGAAUGGUUCCUUGUACCUUGGAGGUUCAAGGAGAUUUCAUCACGGGAAGGGUUACUGUGUCCCUAUCUCUCUGAUUGAAGAAGGGUACAAAGGGAAAAUGGUUGAGAACCAAUUUGUUUGUCCCGGUGAUCUCACUGCAUUUCGAACAAUGCCAUGCUCAAAUGCAGCCAUAAGAGAGGUAUCUGUUUGUUUGGAUGCAAAGGAUAUCGUCAAGCUUCAAAAAUGUGGUGAUGGAUGGGUGACAACAUCAGACACCGAUAACCAAAGUGACUGCGUAUGUCCACAGGGUGACUUGUGCUUACAAGCAAUGCAAUCUCCAGGCGUAUUGUGGACAGAGAUCACUUAUAAAAGAACCUCGUCACAGGAUUGCUCUAGACUUGGUCUGGAUUUCAAUACCUCAAAUUGUCUUGGCACGUUUGUUUUUGUCGGUGAUCUGAUUGCCAUGUCACAUUCAGUUCAUUUAACCGCAUAUCAACCUCGUUGGCUAUUUAACUUCUUUGGAAAGUCCUUCCCGAAUAUCCUAGAAAGAAGCUUGACUUGCACAUUCCAUGUCUCUCUUGCACUAGUUCUUCUGAACAGCUUACCCGUGUAUUACCUUGAUGGUGAAUCCAUUUUAGAGUCAAGUCUCCAGUCUUUUACUUGGUUAAGCCCAAGAAAGAAGAAGAAAGCUCUUCAAGUUUGCCUUGUUGGUGGGAGUCUCCUCUCUUUCCUCGCCUUCUUCAGAAUCUUCCUCCUCGGUUUACCUCUGAGCCGCCGAUGGUAAAUGCCCCCGGUCUUGAAUCUCAAAUCUUUACAAGAUGAUGGUUCCAGAAUUGUUCUUUGACUGAAGGAGGCUCAUGUUGAGAUUGUUCAUGUUUGCUCUCACUGUAGAUAUUAGUUUUAUAGAAUCUAAAGUUAGUUCCAUAGUUAGUUUGGGAUCCACACCUUCGAAUCUCACUUUGAUCUUCCUACAUACUAUUUUGUUAACUGUUAUGAUGACAUUGGGCCAAGUUUGUGAAUUCUAGUAAUAUACUUAUUGAGGCCCUUUUCUCAAAUAGCAAUUGGGCCAGCCCCAAACAGAAUCGUAUAUGGUCUUUGAUAUUUUGUCUUUUCUUCAUAGUAAUCAAGAAUGUUUAAUGAGCACAUCAAACAUUUCGAUGCAAUUUUCUAAUAUAAUAAUCGA